UGAUGUUCAUUGUUCAUUUCAGAAUGAGACCACUGAUGUUAUACCAACAUCCUGAAAUAUUUUACUGAACAAGUUAUACUGAACAUUACACUAGUGACAGAACCUGAACAUCCAUCAUAAACAACAUUCAUCAUAACAUUCAUGUUCAAAUCUUUUACAAUGCAAGUUCAGCAGAAUACACUGCUAACAGUCAGUGUUAUCACACUCUAGGUUCAGCAGCAUACACUGCUGACAGUGUUAUCACAGUGUAAGUUCAGCAGCAUGCACUGCUGACAGUGUUAUCACAGUGUAAGUUCAGCAGCAUGCACUGUUGACAGUGUUAUCACAGUGUAAGUUCAGCAGCAUGCACUGUUGACAGUGUUAUCACAGUGUAAGUUCAGCAGCAUGCACUGUUGACAGUCAGUGUUAUCACAGUGUAAGUUCAGCAGCAUACACUGCUGACAGUGUUAUCACAGUGUAAGUUCAGCAGCAUGCACUGUUGACAGUCAGUGUUAUCAUAGUGUAAGUUCAGCAGCAUACACUGCUGACAGUGUUAUCACAGUGUAAGUUCAGCAGCAUGCACUGCUGACAGUCAGUGUUAUCACAGUGUAAGUUCAGCAGCAUACACUGCUGACAGUCAGUGUUAUCAACAGGAAGCUCCAAAAAAGUUCACCACACUGUCAGAAAUAUUUUACAUGUAGUGUUAUAAAGGUCAUCUCAAGUUCCUGACUAAGUUCAACCUUCUUCAGUGAUUAAAUUCACUGAUCUUAAUUUUUCACAUUCGGCAAAAUCACUUUAUUGUUCACGAGGAACACUGAACAGGCAGCAACAAAGUUCAAGUUUUAUAAAUGGAAAUUUAUAUUGCUGUUUGAAUCAGUACCGUAUUUAAAACUUGAUAGAUGGUUGUAUAAAAAUAAUUAAUUUGUUGUGAGAACUUUGUAUUUCAAGGAAUUAUUUCCUCAUUCCUUUAUUAUCCCAGUUUAGCACAUUCAUAUAUAUAUAUAUGAGCUAAUAUAUGUCUGAGCUAAUACAUGUCUGAGCUAAUACAUGUCUUAUUUAUCAUAUUAUUAUUAUUAUUAUUAAUGAUAAGUUGAUUAGAACUUAAAGUUCAUCUGGUGUCCAGUAAAGUUGAAAAUAAUGAUAUUGUCAAAAUAUAUUGAAUGUAAAACAUGCUUUGGACAAUAGAUAAAAAAUUAUUCCAAUAUUGCAUGUUAUGAAGAUUAUUGGUAUUGUGAAUGUUCAUGAAGAACAUUGUUAUUAGUCAGUGACUAAGUUCAUGAAUAACAAUGCUAUUAGUGACUGAGUUCAAGAAGAGCAGUGUAAUUAGUGACUAAGUUUGUGCAGAACAAUGUUAUUAGUGAUUAAGUUCAUGAAGAACUUUGUUAUUAGUCAGUGACUAAAGUUUUUUUUUUUGGGGGGGGAAUGUUUUAAUAUGGAGUUAUAUAACAGAAACCAUACAAUGCUUUAGGGUGCUGUGUCUGAGAGCUUACACACAGGGCCAGGAGCUGUGACUUGACCCCUGCAACUCCAUGUAGGUGAGUACACAACACAUAUAUUAAUUUGCUGUCGUGAACAAAAGUCAGGUUUUACUUGAUGUACAAGGAUUGUACAUGGUCUUAGUGUUCACAACUGUUCAAUAAUGUCUGAUGUAGAAGUGAACAUAAACAGGGAUAAGGAAGAGAAGCCUUUUCCCUGUUCACUGUGUUCAAAAUCAUUCUCCACUAAAACUUACCUCCAGAGGCACCAGAUUGUUCAUUCAGAUGACACACCAUACCAAUGUUCACUGUGUCCAAAAUCAUUCUCCUCUAACACUUACCUCCUGAAGCACCAGAGUGUUCAUUCAGAUUACACACCAUACCAGUGUUCACUGUGUCCAAAAUCUUUUGCACACAGCUGCCACCUGACCAGACAUCAGCUUGUUCACACGGAGGAGAGACCAUACCAGUGUUCUGAGUGUCUGAAGUUUUAUAAGUCGAAGUCCAGACUGACACAUCACCAGAAGUUUCACUUGAAAGAAAAACGGUUUCAUUGCCCUGUGUGUCUGAAAUUAUUUUCAGGAAAUAGCGGCUUGAAAAGGCACCUCAUAGUUCAUACAGGAGAGAAGCCAUAUGAGUGCUCAGUGUGCUUAAAGGCCUUCAAAGAUAAAGGUUCUCUCAGUCAACAUACGAUCAUACAUACCGGGGAAGCCUCAUACCAUUGCCAGGUAUGUCUAAAAGGCUUCACACACAGUACUAAUCUUAGCAAGCAUAUGAGGAUUCAUACAGGAGAAAAGCCUUACCAGUGCUCAAUGUGUGGAAAAGGCUUCAAGCAACAGAGCCACCUGACAACACACAUGAAAAUUCACACUGGUGAGAAACCAUACCAGUGUUCAGUGUGUUCCAAAAAAUUCACCUUAAAAUCGGCUCUGGUUAGACAUGAAAAACUCCACACGGGAAUUAAACCAUACAAGUGCUCUGAGUGCCUUAAAGACUUUGUUGUAAAAUCCAAACUAACAGAACACAUGGUAUCACACACCCAAGAUAAACACCAUACUUGCUCAGUGUGUUCCAAAAGCUUUAAAUUAAAAAAAUGCUUAACAAAACAUAUGAAAAUUCAUAGCAAAGAUGCCCUUAGUAAAAAAAGAGCGACUGCAAAGCCAUUUCAAUGUUACAAAUGUCUUAAAGGCUUUAUGUACAAGACUAAUCUAUUGCACCAUUUAAGUAUUCACUCACAAGAAACAAAACAUAAUAAUAUUCAGGAUCUGAAAGAUUUUAGGAAAGAAUCAGUUUGUAAAACCACUGACAGCAACAGUGUGUAAAACCUAACCACAGCAACAGCUGGGAUAAAUGAGUUUCCUUGGGUAUACAGUGGAACCUCAGUUUUUGUAUGCCAUAGUUUGUAUGUAAAACUACAGUUAUUCUCUAUAAAAUGUAUUUUUUUGGUAAUAUUUUUGGGUGUCUGGAACAGAUUAAUUGGAUUUACAUUAUUUCAUAUGGGAAAUAUUAAAAAAAAAUACAUUUUAUAGAGAAUAACUAUAGUUUUACAUACAAACUAGGGCAUAUGAAAACUGAGGUUGCACUGUAUGUUAUGUAUACAUUAACAUCAUAAAAACCAGUACAAUAGUAAAAUAAACCUAGGAACAGUUGAGUUUUAAACCCAUUGAACUCAUUUCCAUAGGUUUGAGUCCUACCCAUUAGCUGGUUUGUUUGCAGUUGUUUAAUUACAGUUUUGUGAGUCAUGAGUUGGAGAUUAACAUCCUGUGAACUCAAACAUAAAAUGAAUAAAGAGUAAGGUGGAUGUAAGGCUUGAACUGUGGUCCCCAGAUUAAUACGUCCUCUUCUUUCUGUUCAUUCAUUGACAGUCAUUUAUUAUGACUUAAAUUUGGUUUAUUCAUAAAAUGUUCAUGUAUUAUGUUCAGUAAAUCACAAUCACAAAUCAGUUACUUACCCAUACAGUGGUACCUUGAGUUACAAGUUUAAUUUGUUCCAUGACCAAGCUCGUCACUCAAUUUGCUCGAUAUAUCAAAUCAGUUUUCCUCAUUGAAAUUAAUUGAAAUGCCAUUAAUCUGUUCCAGCCCCCCAAAAAAUGCCCCAGUUUUUUUGUUACAGGUUUUUAAAUAAGAAAAAUGUAUUUAUAAAUAAGAAAGUAUAUUUGCCUUUUUUGCCAGGUCCCAGCAAUGUUUUAGAAAUGCUGGAGUAUAUAUGAAACUCCUUGAAGCACAGUGUAAGAUGAGUGUCACUCCACUGCUGACAUUGCAGCAAUAGAGUGACAUUUGAUGAUCGUGCAUUGCCUUGGCUAUAUUUUUCACUACUGAACAUAAUUAUGUCUGUCUAUCUGUUUCUAUCUAUUUGUCUGUCUGUCUGUCUGGCUCUGUCUCUGCUUAUUGGUCUUUCUGUCUUCUUGUGUCUCUACUUGUCUCUCUGUCUCAGAGAGAGCUGCUCAUGAACCAACAGGUAUUACACACACAGAUGCAGAGUCGUCACAUGAUUCCUGAACAAGUGAAAAUUUGUAUUACUUGCCAAUCAUGCUUAUCAUGCCUUAUAUAUACAAGCAUAGUAUAGCACUUUAUCUAGAUUUUUUGGGUUAUCCUAGGUAAUGUACAUUAUGUAUAACUGUAUUUAUGUGAACCUGUGAGAUAGAGACAGAGAUAGAUACAGACAGACAGAAGGAGAUAAGAGACAUCCAAAGCAAAUCAGCCAGCCAACCAGCCUCCAACCAGCCAGCUGGCCACCCAACCAGCCAGCUGGCCACCCAACCAGCCAGUCUGCCGAACAUGUAUUACACAUGUUCCAGAAUUGUUUCUCUUUACUUACGGCAUACAUUGUAGAACAUUCUGGCAGGAUGACACUACCAGGGGUAUUAACCCUUUGACUGUUUACGCGGUAUAAAUACGUCUUACGCGCCACUGUUUCUGACGUAUUUAUAGGCAUAAAUUCUAGGGGCUUCAAAUCAAGCAGGAGAAAACUGGUAGGCCAACAUGUGAGAGAAUGGGUCUCCAUGGUCAGUGUGCACCAUAUAAAAAAAAAUUGGGGAGCCAGUGGUGCAUUGUCGGAAUGCCAUUUCAGUCGUCCUUUUUCAGCAUGCUUACCGGUAAGAAAUAUGUGACUCCCCAGCAAAUCUGGGACUCUUCUCUUCCCAAGUGAUGCUCUAACACAGAUAGAAGUGUCAGUGAAGAUCAAUUUCAUGAUUUCCAGGAGUUUGAGACCAAAAGCAAUGGAGGAGGAGGAGGAGGAAGAGGAGGAGGA